AUGCGACUUAGCCACACGAUGGAAAAGAACAUCUGCUAUCGGCAACGAAGGAGAAAAGAAGUCUACGACGAUUGCGUACUCAAGGACUCCUUGUCCCAAGGUAACUGGCACAUCGAGGAAGACCCAGACGUGGACUACGAGAUGCUGUUCAGAGGACUACGAGCCUGUGCUGAGCGUGACUCGAAGCCGCGCACGACAAACUGGGAUCGAAUUUCGAAGAUCACCAAGGAAUUGUUGGGAAGAAGAAGAGCUUUGAGGCUUGAUCCGAAUGCAUCGCACAUUGAGCGGUUAGUAGCAAAUACUAGCUGCAGAAAAGCGUUGCAGGAGGAUCUUUUGAAAUACAGGCAGAAGAAGAUUCUGGAAGGAGCACAAAAAAGAACGAGUCUAAAGAAGUGCCGCAGGGAUCUCCGCGGAUAUAAUAUUCCGCUAGCAGCCUUGCUGAGCGAAGACGGGACUCGCACGUCUUCUCGUCGUGUGAUGGAAAUCAUUACGGAGAGGUUCUACUCGAACUUUUUCCGUUCAUCAACUCCUGUGUCAAGCCUGCUCAUCUCCACUGAUGAAGCUCCACCACGGAUUCUCCCUUCGGAAGUACGAGUCGCUAUCAAGAGCAUGAAACCUGGCACAGCCCCCGGACCUGAUUUUAUAUCAGCAGACUUUCUUCGGGCUGGCGGCCAUCCGCUUCAUGUAAUCUUAGCAGCGCACAUGACAACCUAUCUUCAGAAAGAAAGAAUCCUAGACCAGUGGAGGGCGCUGGAUGAAGCCCAGCCUCAAGAACAAGCUGGAUUCGGUCAGGGGUUCAGCUGCUUGGACCACAUCGAGACCGUGUCGAGGGUCAUAGAGAAUCACAUGGACAUUUUCUGGAGUACUCCUGCCGAUCGCCAGUACAAGAAAGCUAUGUGGAAAGAAGAUGACAAGAAAUGCGCCUAUGUGUUUAUGAAAAAGGACUUCGAAUUCACCUUUCCAAGCUCAUUCUGCGUCGACGAAGAGAGCGAUGAAUUGCGGAAAGUGAAAGAACAGCAGACGAAGAUAACGGUGAACAGCGCGUUUGUUAAUCGUGAUAGAAAGAAAGUAGGAGAGUUUUUUGGAGUCUAA